UUUAAAUUUACAAAUCUUGUUACAAAUAUGAUCCAUACAAUGAAUGUGUUUUGUACAUGUACCUGAAUGAGUAAUUCAAUAUCUUAUGUGAGAUGUGAAAAAAAGAAGUUUUUAAAUCACCUGGAUAUAUGUACAUGCAAUUGAUUUCUUUUGCAGAGUUAAAUUCAUAUAAAGCCAUAAAUGUGACCAGAAAGGCUACAUAUUUCCAUUACUAACAAUCUACACAGACAAGAUGUCGGUGAGAGAUGGUGUAUUUACCCCUAGUCCUACGCCCCCUUUACACCCUAGGAUCAGACCAGAGGCAUCAGAAUACGCUAGAAAAAAUAAAACUGGUUCUGAAGACUGGUACCAUCAUAACAAUACAUAUGAACAACCAAGAGCACAGGAAAGAAUAGUCUCCAAUGAGGCUAGGAAUAAUUUUGAAAAAAACAAAGGACAUAUGGAUACUAUUUUUACUUAUGGUAAUGGAUCAGCACAAAUUGAAAAUGGAACAAAUGACAUUCCAGUUCAUAUUAGAAAUGGUGGUAACUCUGAAGCUGAACAAAAUGCAAUGAGAGGGAGAGGCAGAAUAGAUCAGUAUUUUGAUCAGGAAAAUAAUAGGAAUUAUUCUUCUCCACGUCCACAAGGAAGAGCUGUAACAGGAGAUAGUGAGAAAUUUGCUGAAAUAAAUAAAGGUUGUAUGUCAGAGUUCAUGCAGGGUUAUGCUGAUCCUCCCGUAGAAAGAAAAGUUCACCCUCGUGGUGUUAAGGGGGAAGCUGCUGAAACUGCUCAAAAUAAUAAAGGUGGUGCUAUGAGAAACUUGAUAGAAAACUAUGGUACUAUGAAUGUUAAUGAUCAGCCUCAGCCAAAGGUGAAAGGUUAUGAAGCAGAGGAAAAUGCAGAAAGAAACAAGGGAUCUGUGAAUAAACUCUUAAAUACUUAUGUUUUAACACCGGGUACCCCUCCAGCACCUAAGGUGUAUUAUGAGGGACAGGCUAUUCAGGAAAAAUAUCAGGGUAAAGGCAUGGGACCAAUGAUGAGACAGGAAGGUGAAAGGUCAGUGAGGGAGCCAAAAAUCAGCAAGUUACAUCAAAGGUCAGAAGGUCCAGGUUGGGAUGAGGAUCCACCAGCAGUAAGGAUGAGACCAGAGGCUGAACAGAUUGCUGCUAAAUAUACAGAAACACAACUUGAUAAAGUGGUCAGAGGAGAGGUGGCUCCCCCUACAGUCAGAGAUACUAAGGUUCCAAGACAUCUGAAGGAAGCUGAGACACCGAGACCACAGACAUCCCCAUUACGGACACGACCAGAAGCUAUGGCCAACUAUCAAAAACAUAGAAGCUCUGAAAUGGGCUCCAUUUUAAGAAUGGAAUCAACGUCAGUAAACACACCAAGAAAGUAUAACAGGAACAUGCGUUCAGAGGACUGGUAAAGCUGAUGAGUCUAGUCACCUUUCAUAUACUCAGAAAGCUUAAGUUUGAAGUGCUUGCUUAAGAUAUGUUCAAAUUGACUUCUAAUUUUAUGCAAAUUGUACAUUAAGUUUUACUUUAUUUUUACCACUGAUGAACUUUAAGACUAUUCAGUAAGCAGUUUUAAUUGUAUAUUUUUUUGCUUUUCACAUAAAACUAAAUUUUUUAAAUUUCUAUAAAGGAUGUUAAUUUUCAAAUAACAACUGCCCCAGUAAUUCAAUUACUUUGAAAUUUUAUAUGAUUUUUAUUAUUUAAUAAUUCCAUAAUCCUUCCACUGCCUAUUACCAGUCAUCGCUUUCGAAAAUGAUAAAAUACUGAUAAAUUUAAUUGCAAUCAUAUUUCACAAACUUUUCAUUAUCAUUUUGCAUUGGAAAAAAUGUGCUCUUGAAUAAUUGUGUUGUAAGGUCAAAAUUGGGAAGUCUGUACACACAUAAUCUUAUAACUGUAUGUGUCUGUCAUAGUAUUCAUUUGGAUCUGUUUUCAAAUUACUUUCUAGGAGAAUUUUUUUUUAAAAGCAGAAAAAAUCUACUAGUAAACAGGAAAAGUGACAUUUAUUGAAUUGCAACAUGUCAAAGGUAGUGUGUAGGUCUGUCAUCAUCUUCCUUAACUGUGAAUACUAUGCCUUCUUAUACAUCAUGUACCUUUUUACGCACUUCUAUUUUUAGCCAAGUGGUGUAUGUAAAAAGUUGUCUUCUUGAGUACAACAAAACACAAUGUUUGGUUAUUAUGUGUAACAAGUGUGUUGUCCUUUUGAAAUCUUUUUUUCUGUGGUUUGUAUAAUGGUUCAGGGACAAUGAUAUCGCCUUUACCAUCAUAACAGUCAAUAAUUGUAUUAUGUUAUAUUGCAAAUGUCUGCCUUAAUUAUUAUUUUUUUUAAUUUUGAAUAUCUAUCCUCAGUGGUAUAUAUUUAAAAUGUGUUGAGAAUGGUUAAUGCAUUAUUAGGUUAUGAGUUUAACCUGGUUUCUAAUCAUGAUUAACUGACUUGAAAGUACAUUUGUAUAACCUAAUGAUUAUGAAAGGCUAUUAGUAAUAAAAUUUCAUUUGCUAAGUGGUUUUUUGUCUCGCCUUGACGGAGUCAAAAAGCAAGACAUAGGUAUGCUGUUUCCGGCGUCGGCGACAGCGUCAACAAUGUAUUAGUUUGUGAUUAGCUCAGUUUUAUGGGGAACCACUAGUGGUAUGUCAAUGAUAAUUGGUAUGCAGAUGUAUUACCAUUGCCACAUCUCAUUGCCAUGGAGAUUAUUUGGCUCCGCCCCCUCAGUCAUGGUCUAUUGACUUUGAAUGGUUUGCUUACUUUACUUGUAUUAUUUUGUGAUUAAGUCAGUUUAUGGAGAUCCACUUGUGGUACGUCAAUGAUAAUUGGUAUGCAGAUGUAUUACAAUUGCCACAUCUCAUUGCCAUGGAGAUUUUUGGGAUUCGCCCCCUCAGUCAUGGUCUAUUGACUUUGAAUGGUUUGCUUACUUUACAUGUAUUACUUUGUGAUUAGGUCAGUUUAUGGAGAUCCACUUGUGGUACAUGAGUGAUAAUUGGUAUGCAGAUGUAUUAGCAUUGUCACAUCUCAUUGCCAUGGAGAUUAUUUGGUAUGCCCCCUCAGUCAUGGUCUAUUAACUUGUGUAAGAUGUUAAGGUAUUGCUAUUUUGAUUUCAACAUUUUCAUAAUCAAAAUUACAAAAAGGCGAGACAUAUCUCUGUGAUAACCGUUUAUUUUGUGACAUGUCAUUUCAAUUAAAAUAAUUAUAGUAAGUGAACUAUGGUUAGUGACAAAUGGUUUUGAAUCCAUUUUCCCUGUUUACAAUAUACCUCAAAAUUUUCCAAAUUAAAUCAAACAUUUUUGAAUCAUCUUAUUAUUCAAUUUUUUACUUAGAUAUAUUUUAGAAAUAAUAUAUUGUUUUAUAAUGAUUUUAAGCUUUAAUCCCACCAGAAAUUUGUAAACUAUAUGUACAAGAUAUUGUUUUUUACAAUUAUUACUAGAAAUACCCACCGUUUUAUAUACGUUUAUAAGUACAUAGCCAAUAUAUACAUGAUAUAUAAAUGUAAAAAAAUAUAAAAUCUAAAUGUGGGUGAAUAAAUACACUGCAUGCAAUUGAAAAAUUGUUGUGCAAAAUGCAUUAUAAAAUUGUAUCACUUGUUUAGCGAGUCACAGCUGUUAUUUUUUGUUUUUGUUUUAUGUACAGAUCUUUGUCCAAGGAUUUAUUUUUAUUAAUGAAUUAAUAUAAAUCAUCUUCAUACUUUAUUUUUUUUAUUACAUUUACAAUUGUGACAUGAUUAAGAAGCUUAUCAAUUAUUCAAAUUGUGUCAAAGAAACCUGAAUGAUGUUUUCUAAAAUUUAUAAGACUUUUAACAAACAUAUUUUAAAUGACUUUACACAGAAAGAUAUGAAUAUACUGUAUUCUAUUGCUGUUUUAUGAUCUCUGGAUGUGAUUAAUUUGGAAACAAUAUUGUUAUUAUUUUAAUUGUGGUGUAAAAAUUUUAAGGAUGUAUUUAUUUGCUGUUUAAGGUGGUACCUAACACUACAGGGAGAUAACUCUGUAAAGUCAGCUGAACAU